AUUAAUCGAAAAAAAUAACACUUAACCAAAUUGAUUUAUUUUUUCCCCACACAUUCCAUAAUUUUAUCAUAGCACGCAUUUCAUUUCUAAUAUUUAUAAAAUCUUGAAAACAAAUGAGUUUAAUCUCUUUAUAUAAUUGGUAAGGGAAGAAGAGGGGUUACAGAAAAAUGCUUAAAUUGCAUAAUUGUCCAUCAAUUCCAAUACCCAAUUCAAGAUUUUAUCACAUUUCUCUUUCUAACAGAAAGUCAUUGGCCUGUCCCUGUUGGAGCAACCACGCUUCUGCUUUUUGCAUGAAUGACUGGUUGGCCAAAAGUAAAGGAAACCUGCCAAGCAUUCAACUGAAGACAUGCAGACAGCUAACUUCCACAAGAAACAUGAAUAUCUGGGAAAAUCUGAAUCAUCAGCCAUUGGAGAUUUACUUGAAGAAUAGCUCUCAGGACUUCCCAGCUAAAAUUGUAAUAGCUUCGUUGACAUUUUAUUUCCUGUAUAAAUUGAAGCUUCUAAAUCUAAUUGGUAAGAAGAUGGGGAUGAUCCAAGAGUUAUUCUUCUUUGUGACUCAAACAUCAGGGGCUCAAAGUUUACCUUUUGCUUGUCUUUCUAAGUCCAUGAAUAAACCAAUACCACUUCAGUUGGAUGUGUCCCUCCCUUCAUUGAAAGACAUCAAAUGGAGUUUAGCACGGUUAAUAUAUUUGUUCAACAUACAACUGGAGAAAAAUGUCGCAAUGUUUUUUAUUGUCCUUUUGGUAUCAUGCUUCUCAUUUGUGAUGAUUGGUGGUUUUCUGUUCUUUAAAUUCAGAAAACGCAGGGGCAGUACUUACUCUUUGGAGGACUGCUUUUGGGAGGCCUGGGCAUGCCUCUGUUCAUCAUCUACUCACCUGAAACAAAGAACAAGAGUUGAACGUGUGAUAGGAUUCAUCCUUGCCAUAUGGGGCAUACUGUUUUAUUCUCGCCUACUGAGCACCAUGACUGAACAAUUUAGGAAUAAUAUGCAAAGACUCAGAGAAGGGGCACAAAUGCAAGUGUUGGAAACUGAUCAUAUUAUAAUUUGCGGAGUUAACAGUCAUCUGAACUUUAUACUAAAGCAGCUGGAUAAGUACCACGAAUUUGCUGUUCGCUUAGGUACUGCCACUGCUAGGCGGCAGAAAAUUCUUCUUCUAUCUGAUCUUCCAAGAAAGCAAAUGGACAAAAUAUCCGACAACAUCACCAAAGAUCUCAAUCAUAUUGAUGUCCUAACAAAAAGUUGCAGUUUAAGCAUGACUAAGUCAUUUGAAAGAGCUGCAGCCAAUAAGGCACGUGCAAUUGUGAUACUUCCAGCAAAGGGAAACAGGUAUGAGGUCGACACAGAUGCAUUUCUCUCAGUGCUAGCCCUUCAACCCCUUCCAGAAAUGACCUCUGUGCCCACCAUAGUUGAGGUUUCGAGCUCCAACACAUGCGAACUCUUAAAGUCAAUUUCAGGAUUGAGAGUGGAACCUGUUCAGAAUGUCGCAUCAAAGUUGUUUGUUCAAUGUUCACGCCAAAAGGGACUCAUUAAAAUAUACAAACAUUUGCUCAAUUAUCGAAAGAACGUAUUCAAUCUUUGCAGUUUCCCUCAUCUGGUGGGAUUAAAAUAUAAGCAAUUAAGACGUGGCUUCCAAGAGGCUGUUGUUUGCGGUCUCUAUCGACAAGGGAAGAUAAGUUUCCAUCCAAGGGAUGAAGAAGUUCUGGAAGAAACUGAUAAAGUUUUGUUUAUUGGACCUGUUCAUGGAAAGAAAAGGCCUCAGCUUACAUACUCAAAUCUUUCUGAUGAUAGUGACAAUGCGAUAACUGAGUCUCACUCUGUGGAAAAGAAUGGACAAUACCGGAGUAAUGCUUUGGAGAUAACAAAAGCACGCCUUGAGAAUAUAGUGAAACGAACAAAAUCAGGGUCUAAGGCAUCUGAUUGGUCUCUGGGACCUAAAGAAUGCAUCUUAAUGCUGGGAUGGCGGGCUGAUAUUGUAGAAAUGAUUGAAGAAUAUGAUAAUUACCUGGGACCUGGCAGCACACUGGAGGUGUUAUCAGAUGUCCCUAUGGAUGACAGACAUACGGCUAGCAGACUUGCUGGUCAGGGAAAGCUAAAAAAUGUUAAAGUCUCUCACAGGAUUGGAAACCCAAUGGAUUAUGACAUGCUGACGGACACCAUUGCAAACAUUCAAAAGUCAUUUAAACAAGGCGAAGAAUUUCCAUUCUCCAUUGUUGUAAUAUCUGAUAGAGAAUGGUUACUUGGAGAUGCAUCGAAGGCAGACAAACAAUCUGUAUAUUCUCUCCUCCUUGCUGAAAACAUCUGCAACAAACUUGGUGUGAAGGUGCAAAAUCUUGUUGCAGAGAUUGUCGAUUCCAAAUUAGGUAAACAGAUUACAAGAAUCAAGCCUUCCCUCACUUACAUUGCUUCAGAGGAAGUAAUGAGUCUUGUGACUGCUCAAGUUGCAGAAAAUAGCGAAUUGAAUGAGGUUUGGAAAGAUAUUUUAAAUGUCGAUGGAGAUGAAAUAUACGUUAAGGACAUUGGCCUUUACAUGAAGGAAGGUGAGAGACCUUCAUUUGCUGAACUUUCUGAAAGAGCACAUUUGCGAAGAGAAGUUGCUAUCGGAUAUGUGAAGAACAAGAAGAAGGUAAUCAAUCCAAUCCCGAAAUCAGAACCCCUUUCUCUUGAACCGGGUGAUUUGCUGAUAGUGAUAUCAGAACUUGAAAGAGAACAACCUGUGAUCACAGUUCAAGCAAAAUAACACAGGUAGCACCUUACUUCUUAUUUCACCAAUUAAGACGAACGCCAAGUUGGAUACUUUUUCUGUUGGGUCGACAGUUCUCAGUUCUUGGCUUCUCUCAACUGAUGAAGAAAGAACAAGGAUAUGCAAGUUGCUGUAAAUACAUCAAAGCUCAGGAUUAAGCAAAGGAAAUAAUCGUCGUUGGAUUUAACUAUAGUGUUUUUUUUUUCUUUUCUUAGUCCAACUCUGGUUAAAGAGGGAAAAUCCCUUUUGGAAAUGAACUCCCACAUUUGUUAGUGGAUCCAUCAACUCAAAAGAGAGGUUUUAGAAACAGUUCAAGCCAAAUGUGAUUUCAUUUUUUGUGAAGGGGUGAUGAAAAUAGUUGGUUAGUUACUUCAUCUUCAAAUUUUUGAUACAGAAAGAUGAUAUAUUUAUUCACUAUAAAAGGUUGAUUCUUGAUAACUCA